CUGGAGCAUGCGCAGUGACAUCUCACCCCCACCCCUCCCCGCACCCCCACCGGGUUCCUGCUUUAAGCCCGGGGUUCGCAGCCGCAGCCGGGAUCGGGCAUCCGGGGGCGGGCGGGCAUGGUAGGGCCAUGGCUGAGGGUGAGGAUAUGCAAACCUUCACUUCCAUCAUGGAUGCACUGGUCCGCAUCAGUGUGAGUUAAGGUGGGGUCGAGGGGAAGGGGAGGGGGAGUAUAGGGGUCCGGGGCAGGCCGGGACCUUGGACAGAUGAAGAUGAGGAAAGAUACUAGGAUGUAGACAGAGGAACCGGGGGUGGCAGAAAGGACUGGGAGGGUCGGGAUGCAGGUUGGAGAGGGUAAUCCUGGGGCAUCCCGGAGGUGAGUGCCGUGGAGGCGUCCAUCUGCUAGGGCGUAAGGAACCGGGAGCUGCCCGGAUGCUGCGGGUGGGCUGGGGUAGCCGCCAGCAGUGCACCAGGGCUGGAGCUGCGGGACCAUGCGGCUAUGCUAUGAGGAGGGGGCAUGUGUGAGCUUGGAUAUUUUCCAAGAAAACUGAGGAUAGGUGAGGGGCGAUGAAGGAGCGGCCCCCAGGGUGCAGUUCCAAAUUUGGACCCUUCGGCGAGACCCCACCCCACCGCGCCCCCACUCAGGGCUGCCUCCGAGCCCGCGGUUGUCAUGGCAACCCGUGCCCGGCUCUCCCAGGGGCGGUGCCAACCCCGCUCCCCCCCACCACUUCCUUCCCCCUCCCUGCCUGUCCCUCCCUCCUUUGUGUCAGCUGCGCCCCUGACCGGGAUGGCUGCGAAGAGAGGGACCAAGACGAGCAUGAAGAACAUGGAGAAGGAGCUGCUGUGCCCGGUGUGUCAAGAGAUGUACAAGCAGCCACUGGUGCUGCCCUGUGCCCACAAUGUGUGCCAGGCCUGUGCCCGGGAGCUGCUGGGCCAGCAGGGCUACAUAGGCCCUGGUGGGGACCCCAGCUCUGAGCCCACAUCUCCUGCCUCCACCCCGUCCACCCGAAGCCCCCGCCUCUCCCGCAGAACUCUCCCCAAGCCUGACCGCCUGGAUCGGCUGCUUAAGUCAGGCUUUGGGACGUAUCCCGGGCGGAAGCGAGGUGCUCUGCACCCCCAGGUGAUCAUGUUCCCGUGCCCAGCCUGCCAGGGUGAUGUGGAGCUGGGGGAGCGGGGCCUGGCGGGGCUGUUUCGGAACCUGACCCUGGAGCGUGUGGUGGAGCGCUACCGCCAGAGCGUGAGUGCGGGCGGCGCCAUCCCGUGCCAGCUGUGCAAGCCGCCGCCACUAGAUGCUACCAAGGGCUGCACCGAGUGCCGGGCCACCUUCUGCAACGAGUGUUUCAAGCUCUUCCACCCCUGGGGUACCCAGAAGGCCCAGCACGAGCCCACCCUGCCCACCCUCUCCUUCCGCCCCAAGGGCCUGAUGUGCCCGGACCACAAGGAAGAGGUGACCCAUUACUGCAAGACAUGCCAACGGCUGGUGUGCCAACUCUGCCGGGUAAGGCGCACCCAUGGUGGGCACAAGAUCACCCCAGUGCUCAGCGCCUACCAGGCCCUCAAGGACAAGCUGACAAAGAGCCUGACAUACAUCCUGGGAAACCAGGACACAGUACAGACCCAGAUCUGUGAGCUGGAGGAGACCGUGAGGCACACUGAGGUGAGUGGUCAGCAGGCCAAGGAGGAGGUGUCCCAGCUGGUGCGAGGCCUGGGGGCUGUGCUGGAUGAGAAGCGAGCAUCACUGCUUCAGGCCAUUGAGGAGUGCCAGCAGGAGCGCCUGGCCCGUCUCAGCGCCCAGAUCCAGGAGCACCGGAGCCUGCUGGAUGGCUCGGGUCUGGUGGGCUAUGCCCAAGAGGUUCUCAAGGAAACAGACCAGCCUUGCUUUGUGCAAGCGGCCAAGCAGCUGCACAACAGGAUUGCCCGAGCUACGGAGGCCCUCCAGACGUUCCGACCAGCUGCCGGCUCCUCCUUCCGCCAUUGUCAGUUGGACGUAGGGCGCGAGAUGAAGCUGCUGACAGAGCUUAACUUCCUGCAAGUCCCCGAGGCUCCCGUCAUCGACACACAGCGCACCUUCGCCUACGACCAGAUAUUCCUGUGCUGGCGGCUGCCUCCCCACUCGCCACCUGCCUGGCACUACACCAUCGAGUUCCGGCGCACCGAUGCGCCUGCCCAGCCGGGUCCCGCCCGCUGGCAGCGGCGAGAGGAGGUGAGGGGCACCAGUGCCCUGCUGGAGAACCCAGACACAGGCUCUGUGUACGUGCUGCGCGUCCGGGGCUGCAACAAGGCGGGCUAUGGCGAGUACAGUGAAGAUGUGCACCUGCACACGCCCCCGGCACCCGUCCUGCACUUCUUCCUCGAUGGCCGCUGGGGCGCAAGCCGAGAGCGGCUGGCCAUCAGCAAGGACCAGCGAGCCGUGCGGAGUGUCCCGGGGCUGCCCCUGCUGCUGGCUGCCGAGCGGCUGCUCACCGGCUGCCACCUGAGCGUGGAUGUGGUCCUGGGAGACGUGGCCGUGACCCAGGGCCGCAGCUACUGGGCCUGUGCCGUCGACCCAGCCUCCUACUUGGUCAAGGUGGGCGUCGGGCUGGAGAGCAAGCUUCAGGAGAGCUUCCAGGGCGCCCCCGAUGUGAUCAGCCCCAGGUACGAUCCGGACAGUGGGCACGACAGUGGUGCCGAGGACGCCACGGUGGAGGCGUCCCCGCCCUUCGCUUUCCUGACCAUCGGCAUGGGAAAGAUCCUGCUGGGCUCCGGGGCCAGCUCCAACGCAGGGCUGACGGGGCGGGACGGCCCCGCGGUGAGCUGCACCGUGCCCCUGCCGCCCCGCCUGGGCAUCUGCCUGGACUAUGAGCGGGGCCGCGUGUCUUUCCUGGAUGCUGUGUCCUUUCGCGGGCUCCUGGAGUGCCCUCUGGACUGCUCGGGGCCCGUGUGCCCUGCCUUCUGCUUCAUUGGGGGUGGUGCAGUGCAACUCCAGGAGCCUGUGGGCACUAAGCCCGAGAGGAAGGUCACCAUCGGGGGCUUUGCCAAGCUCGACUGACCGUUUCUGGCCCCUCCUGGGCCCUGGCCCUCCAGGCCUGCUGAGCCGGGUUAUUCCUCCUCCGGCAGCUUCUCCCCAAACUCUUCCUACCAUGUCUUCCUGUCCCUUACCCUGUGUCUCUGUAUUCCCGGGGCCUUCUCUUGAGCAAGGGACUCUCCCUUGCUCACCUUUCUAGACGUCCCCCAUUCUCUCCAUUGCCUGUUAAGCCAGGCCCCAGCCCCCACCAAGUCUCUGGCCUACACCCUGCCCUUGGCAUCCCACCCAAGUCACGGAGAGAGCCCCUUCCCCAUUGCUGUUCUGUGCCCCUCCCCAGGCUGACUGGGAGGGAAGGCACCUGGAACACUGGGCAUGACCCCCAGCUCUGCGCUCCGCCCUCCACCCUGCCAAGCUCCCUGCCCCAUCGAUGCUGAGCUACAGCCUUGGGGCAGGUAGGCUUUUUGGCCGGACGCUGCCCAGGCACUCCCUGGUGAGGAGAAGAGGACCCAGUCAUCCUGCUUGACUUGUUGGGGUCCCCACAGCCCUCGGCUGCAUGCCUGUUUUCCCCUCCUCCCUCUUGCAUGCUUCACCCUGUCCUGCACCUAUAUGCCAACGUGCCAGGUCUCCUUGGGGAUGCCAGCGGAGGUUGGGUGUCCCCGGUGGGUUGGGCUAGGUAAGGCCUCUGGGGCCCGCUGCUGUCCCCUGCAGUGGGCACUGCCAGGCCUGUGCCAAGCAGCAGCUGAUAUUUUCACGGUUUCUAAACAAUAAACGACAUUGCUAGGCACACCUCUGCCUUC